CACAAUGGCUAGAUACAUACAUGACAUUGCAACAAACCAUGGCUUAUAAAUGGCAGUGGCUGGGUUCACAUGGUAUACAAAGCCCAGCCAUGCAAACCCUAUCAUUUAGCAUGAUGUGAGAGCCUACCAUUAGUGACCUUCCAAAAACAAGUCCCAGGGCCAGCUGACAAAGAUGCCCAAUUCAAGCCCCUUAAGUAGAGUCCUACAUAUUACUGUAUGCUCUCAGACAGUCAAUGGGUGCCAAAAUGGCAGCCCGUGCCAUUCAAACUUAAAGAUUUGCAUGUUGAUCAAACUGCUGUGCUUAGUUUUUGUGGAUCCUAUUGUCCUAUUUCUGUUCUUCCUCUGCUCCUGUGUUUAGAUUAUUUUCUCCCUACCUAUGCACUAAUUUAAGAAAAGCUGAACCUGUUGAAUGCAUGUGUCGGGUUUCUGCUAAAGGCAAAGCAGGAGAGCAACUGGGUUGGAGAAGUGAUUGCCUUCGUAGCUGGCUUUUCAUCCACUAGUGGUGUCCUGGGGACAAAAUACUGUCCUCAAGACAGUAUGGCUGGUCCCCACUUUGCUGUCUGGUCUAUUCUCUCUGAUGGAGAGAUGCCGGACAGCUGGAAUACAUCUUCAGACAGCCUAGAAGCAAGAGCUGUAGGCAUUAUUGUGCCUGUGGUCUUUUCCCUCAUCUUCCUUGUAGGCACAGUUGGAAAUAGCCUGGUGUUGGCUGUGCUGCUACACAAUGGGGAGGUGAAAUAUAACACUACAAACUUGUUCAUCCUCAAUCUGGCAGUGGCCGACCUCUCCUUCAUUGUCUUCUGUGUCCCAUUCCAGGCCACCAUCUAUACUCUGGAUGGAUGGCUCUUUGGUGCCAUUGCCUGCAAAGCUGUGCAUUUCUUCAUCUACCUCACCAUGUAUGCCAGCAGUUUCACCCUGGCAGCUGUUUCUGUGGACAGGUAUUUGGCUAUUUGUUACCCACUGAAAUCUCGGCAUGUCCGUACCACUUGCAAUGCAGUCCUUGCUAUUGUCAUUAUUUGGACCCUCUCCCUGCUUUUUGCAGGACCAUAUCUCAGCUAUUACCAAACCGUUAAUUUCCAGGAAACGCCUAUCUGCGCUCCUAUUUGGGAGGGCCAACGCCGGAAGAUAUUAGACAUCCUCACCUUUGUGUUUAGUUACAUCCUCCCAAUCUCUGUUGUCAGCCUGGCUUAUGCCAGAACCAUCAAAUUCUUGUGGACUGCUGUAGACCCUUUGGAAGGAAUCUCGGAGUCUCGCAAAGCCAAACGGAGGGUCACCAAGAUGAUUAUUGCAGUGGCUGUCCUCUUCUGUUUGUGUUGGCUGCCCCACCAUCUGGUGAUCUUGUGCUUCUGGUUUGGCUACUUCCCCUUUAACCAAGCUACCUAUGCCUUACGUCUAGCUUCUCAUUGCUUGUCAUAUGCCAAUUCCUGCCUCAACCCAAUUGUCUACGCUCUCAUUUCCAAACACUUCCGCAAGAAGUUCAAGCAAGUCUUCACUUGUGUUCUUGUCUAAGAAGAAUAAGAAAAAGUGAGCUGACAACAAGAUCCAGGUGAGCAAUAUUGCUGAUGGUUUAAUCAACCAGACUGCAGGUUUCAAUGGAGGAAACACAGAAGUUACACGGCUUAAUGAGGAAAAUAUGAGUUGCUACAUGGAUCUGUUGUUGAGAUAAAGGAAAGCCUUUCUUCCUGAGAAAUGGCUCUAGCAUUUACAAGUCACUAUCAUAUCUGAACAGAAAUAAUAAAAAGACCAAGAAAGUUCUGGAACAAUCAACAAUCACCCCCAUUGGCUGCAAUUCCACAUGGACAACAAUAAUUUUAAAAUAUUAAUGGCAGAUGGUAUCAAUCAUCCUUUCUCAGCAUGACUACCAUAUUCUCAUUCAAAUCAGGCUUGGGUGGCUGGAGGAUAGGUUGAUUCAAUUAGUUUUCCUCAAUGCAACCAAAGUACCCACAAUUCCUUAGGAAACAUCUUGAUACAACUUUAGAUUGUCUCCACAGUGGGCUGAGCAUGAGACAAAGACAAUGUCAUGAAGACAUGUAAUUUAAAAAUGGUUCACAAGGCCUCUUUGUGCCACAGUUAGAGGGAUGUGAAGAUGAGCCUGGAGGCAUCAUUUUAAUACUUCUUAUUCCAGCAAUGAAUACAGAAACCAUAAAUGAAAGGUUCCAAGUUCUUGGGUUAUUGUAGAAAUAAAGGGUUUUGAAGAUAUACCUGAUAUAAUAAUAGGUGUUAUUUUUGUUAUUGUUUUAAGGCUAAACAUACCUAGAUUGAUAAAUGUACAGUGCAUGGACUGCUUCUCCCCUUCUUCCCAUUUUGUAAUUAAGACAUGCUGUCUGUUUUGUUUGGAUUUUUUUUUUUUUUGGUCAUGAA